CACUAUAGCUCAACUUUUAAAUUUUUAAUUUAUGUGCAACUUCUAAGUUUUACAAUAAUUAUUUUGUUUUUUUAGAUUCAAGAUCGUUCACUGAAAUAUAAUUUAUUAAACUAAGCAUAGUAAAUUAGCUUAGCGCAACUAAAUACAUAAAUCCCUACAAAAUGAGUACCAUAUUAGAAAAAAUCGCAGCAAUAGAGUCUGAGAUGGCUCGUACCCAAAAAAACAAAGCUACUGCUUUGCAUUUGGGUAUUUUGAAGGCAAGACUUGCUAAGCUAAGAAGAGAACUUAUCACACCUAAAGGUGGUGGUGCUGCAACUGGUGAAGGUUUUGAUGUGGCUAAAACUGGAGAUGCCCGUAUUGGAUUUGUCGGGUUUCCAUCAGUGGGAAAAUCAACAUUGCUCUCUAAUUUGGCUGGUGUCUAUUCUGAGGUGGCUGCUUAUGAGUUCACAACACUCACGACUGUACCUGGCUGUAUUAAAUACAAAGGUGCUAAAAUACAGUUGCUUGAUCUACCUGGAAUUAUUGAAGGUGCUAAAGAUGGCAAGGGUAGAGGUCGUCAAGUGAUAGCUGUAGCUCGUACAUGCAGUCUUAUAUUUAUUGUGCUAGAUGUAUUGAAACCGUUGCAACAUAAGAAGCUUCUGGAACAUGAGCUGGAAGGGUUCGGCUUAAGACUAAAUAAACAACCACCAAACAUAUACUUUAGGAAGAAAGAAAAGGGUGGUAUCAACUUGAAUACUACAUGCCCCCAGUCUGAACUAGAUUCUGAAACAGUUAAAACAAUACUAUCUGAAUACAAGAUCCAUAACGCUGAUAUUACAUUAAGGUUUGAUGCUACUAGUGAUGAUUUGAUUGAUGUUAUUGAGGGAAAUAGAAUUUAUGUACCGUGCAUCUAUUUAUUGAAUAAAAUUGACCAAAUAAGCAUAGAAGAGCUUGAUGUUAUUUAUAAAAUUCCUCACUGUGUCCCAAUAUCGGCUCAUCACAGGUGGAACUUUGAUGAUUUACUCGAGAAGAUGUGGGAAUAUUUGAAGUUGAUUAGAAUUUAUACAAAACCAAAAGGACAACUACCCGACUAUAAUUCACCUGUUGUUUUACAUGCAGAUAAAACAAGUGUAGAAGACUUUUGUAACAAAUUACAUAGGUCUAUUGUCAAGGAAUUCAAAUAUGCUUUAGUUUGGGGCUCAUCUGUGAAGCAUCAGCCGCAAAAAGUUGGUAUUGAACACGUUUUGGCAGACGAAGAUGUUGUGCAAAUUGUUAAGAAAGUUUAGGUCGAAUCAUAAUUAAUUGUUAAUUAAUAAUUUCGUGUUUUUUACUGUUUGCGUUUUUUUUCUUUGUAAUCUCAAUUAAUACUUUUAAACAACGUGGCGCUAAUAUGGCGAUAUUUAAUCAACACACGGGCAGAGGUACAUAACCGUAAUCAUAAGGAAAUACUUAUAAAUUAAAGUAAUUAAUUGAAAUUUUCAAACAAAGAAAUUAUACAUUUAGAAAACAAAAUUUUAAUCACCCUUACAUGGGCGCUAUUCACCUACGAGUUCUGACGGCUACGGCGCAGCUUGGAAGAAGUAGUUUCAGCUACGUUAGCUCGCGGCUACUAGAUUACUUACAGGAUGUUCCGAAAUGAUGUUAUGGAAAUUGCUUGAUUUAGGUGAAUCAUGUAUUUUUUUUUUAUUUUUUUUUUACGAGUAAGGUUAAGUAACUAUCCGUGUGUUCAUUUAAUGUCGCCAUUACAGCGCCGCACUGCAUUUUGUGUCCAAGACGUCCCCCAAUUAAAUACAAAUCUGAUUACUUACUUACCUUAAUAUUUCUAUGAAAAUUUGAAUCGGAUUUUGUUAACAAUUUAUUGAGUAUUAUUAUUUUUUGGUUAAUGACCCUGAUUAAUAUUUCUAUAAAUUAGUAGACGCCUAUAACUUUGCCUACACAAUAAUCGUAACUUUUUCUUUGUGAACGGAUUAUACAAACACAAAAGUUAAGUCCAUCAGUGAAAGCCGUCUAGAUGUUUGUAUGAUUAGUGUGCACAAAUAAACAGACAAAAAUUAUUAAA